AUGGAUCGAGCGGAUCGCACCGAGUUCUUCGGCUCUCAGGUCGGCGGCGAGUCCGUCAUCAGCUACAGCUAUACCGAUAUGCCCUGGAAGUUGAUGAUGUGGGAUGUGAAAUACUUCUUCACCUUCGCUUGGGCUUUACCUUGGGUAUUGUGGCCUCUUCGACCUUGCGACGGAGAUCAUUUCGACGAGCUCUCGUCUACGUGGGAUAACUUGUUAUGCAUCGGCAUUCAUUCGGUUCUCAUAGUUAUGCAGACGUUCUUCGUGUUAACGCUGCCUCUAGCUCUCCUCUUGCCAGCUUGGAUGGUGAUACUGUGGUGGGGCGUUUUCUUCUCGGUAAACUGGCUGCUGUGUCUGGGUUUGAACGGGAACACCAUUACGUUUCACUCUGAUCCGAAAUACGCGCCUGCAUUAGAUGAACACGCGCACGAGCAGUGGAUUUUCUUAAACGGCGUGGCCGUCGGGGAAACUUGGUUAAAAAGCAACAUCAAUCGCCUGGCCCUCACCUUCAAGCGGCCCAUCAUAGGCGUUCAUAAUCGCACUACGGGCGUCAUAUUUGAUGUCGUAGAAUGUUUGAUACAGCGAAAUUUCGGAUAUGCUACGAGCGACAUUCGACUAGCUUAUAAGAUCAUCAAGGAGAAGCUGUACAACCCGCGGUAUUCGAAAGUGGUGUUCAUCUUGCAUUCUCAGGGAGGGAUCGAAGGAGGUUUAGUGUUGGACUGGCUUCUUCAAGAGCUGCCGCAAGAUCUCCUAGCUAAGCUCGAGGUGUACACUUUCGGGAACGCGUCUAAUCAUUUUAACAAUCCUCAUCGACAUGUCGACUCCCAGGAGGCCGAAAAUAAACUUCCCAGGACGGAUACUCUCAUACCUACCACUAUUACGGAAGUCCCACUUACCAACUCCCCCAUCGAAACUCGUUCGUUAGCGUCGAGGAGGCGAUUAUCAAACGGUAGCGGGUAUUCUUUCGAAGCCAAUGGGCGUGUCCCGACACUUACCACCAAGGAGUCGGACAUGUCGCGGGCAACGGCUUACACCGUACCUGCAUCUGACCGCGCGAUUGCGCAUGUCGAACAUUAUGCUCAUACGACCGACUUCGUCGCGUUAUGGGGCAUUUUGCACUUCGUAACGAACGAGAGAGCCUCUCCAGAGAUGCCUCGGUACAUCGGUCGCGUGUUCAGCCGUACUUCCGCACGUGGCGGACAUCAAUUCUGCCAGCACUAUCUCAACGGGAUGUUUCCUCUCGCGCGAAAUGCCAAGGGUGAAUUCAUCGGCUGUGCCGAACGCAACGAGUUUAUGAGCAGCAUCGUGGAGGUAGCCAAGAAAGGCGCGGAGAAGGAUAACCUGCGCGAGGCUGUUGAUAGUAAUUGGUCUCUGAUUGAGCUCGCGGGUCGGAAGGGAAGCAUCGUCAAGGGUGAGGUUGCGGUGCAUGGUAGCUUCCAUGAAGACGACGAGAUCAAUGACGGCAAUGUGAGGGUGAAGGACCUAAGUCGGUUGUGGCAGUAUAGAAAUGGGAGAAGUCCGCCAGAUCUUCCCAGGGAGUUGAGAAGAGUGACGCUGGAGUAA